AUGGCGGUGCACGCCCCGUCCGCGCCCGUGCCCGUGCCGGCGCCCGCCUCUCCAUCCCAUUCGACGCGCAGCGACGACCCAAACUCCAAGCAAAACGGGGGAUGGGUAUCCCCCACCACAGCCCGCGCGACCUCUCCACCCCGCAUCAACCCUCAGUAUCUCUUACACCACGGGGGCUCGGAAGACCUCCUUCCCCCCCUCCCACCCCAUCUCCAGCGUCUUGCCACUGGUGAGGCCAACAGCGACGACGACGUCGAUUCCGACACGUCGGAUGACGAUUCGGACGUAGAGAGCGACGACGAGUUUCAGAGCGCGCGCGCGCGCUCCCGAACCCCUCCGGUCCCGCGCCAGGCUACCUUCUCGUCCCUAUCACCCUCCCCACCACCACAACAGCCCCAGCGUUCCCCAUCGCCCACCGGAAAUGAGAACACCUCUCGCAAGAUCAUGAAGAAGGUCUCGCAAGUGUUCCGCCGCAGUGACGACGCGUCCCGCUCUUCCUCUUCCACUUCCACUUCCUCUCCCCCCGUCCCCCCCGUCCCGCCACUACCUCGGGAAAUCCCUGCAGGUGCAAAGGCUGCUGCGCGCCUCUCUCCCGGUGUCAACGUGUCGCCGCAGCGCCGCUCGCCAGUCAUGCAGGGCCCUCCGCCAAGUCCCCCGUUAAGCGACGUAGGCGACAACGAUGGCGGCGGCACAGACUACGCUCCAAGCGUCGCCGUGACUGAGGCCACUAUGGACAUUCCUCAUCCAGAUCUACAGCCCGACAGCGCCCAGCUGGAGACGCCCGAGCGCACAGCCGCCCCGUUAAUGCCCGUCACUGAGGCCGGAGAGUCUAGGCACGCCCUUGUUGACACGCCGCCCCCUUCGGCGUUCAAUCCUAACGGUCGACCAGAAAGCAUGACCUGGGUGGAGGAGGCAAACGGAGACGCGAGGGAUGUGCCGCAAGCCACUGGAUCUUCGUCUGUUCGCGUGUCCAGUUGGGAGCGUCCUCCUUCUGCCGCUUAUCUCGGCGUGGCAAGUCAGCGUCGUGUCUCGAGUGGCUCGACGUCCAGCCGUGCCGGAUCGCUGUCCAUGGUGCGCAGCGGAAGAUUGGCGCCCCAGCGUGACCUUUCGCCGUCGCCUCCCUCUGUAUCCAUGCCAGUGCCAGUGCCGACAGGCGCGCCCAUGCUGCCCCCGACCAUCUUGCCCCCAACAUCGUCCCCAGAUUUAAGAGCUCAACAUCGUGUACUCCCAGCCAUCGAAACAGGUGACGAGCACCUCCGCCGCGCGCCUCCCACCGACGCUGUAUUCUUGGGUGCGUUAUCCGAGUCGCCCAUCUCGUCAUCGCCAGGCACACCCCAACCGGGAAUGCAGCGCCGCAACACGAACCCGACUACGGCUUCGCCGUCACCGCUCUCAGGCCGGCCAUUGACACACUCAGUGUCGAUAUCCGGCCACGGGCCGUCGUCGUCCGUUGGCAACUAUGACGAGUUCAACUUAGCCCCAGACAUCCUUGCGCAGGCGGACGUCAUUCGGCGCGAGAGGUUAGAGCGCAGACAGAAGAAGAUGAGCCUGCUCAUCACGUCACCGCCUCCUCCGCCAGCGAUCGAGAUGCCCGUACCUGUUCCAUCCGCCGCCACUCCCGUUGAGGCCAAGCCGGCCGCCAAGCGCCGCGAAACAGAGGAGACCAGGGUCCUCGUCGGCAACCUCGUCGGCGAGGGUCACCGCAACUAUGUGCUAAUGUACAACAUGCUCACGGGCAUCCGUGUCGCCGUGUCGCGUUGUCAGGCCAAGAUCCGCCGGCCUCUCUCCGAAGAUGACUACUUGGCCCGCCACAAGUACUCGUUUGACAUGCUCGGGAAUGAGCUCACGCCCUCGGCCAAGUACGACUUCAAGUUCAAGGACUAUGCGCCGUGGGUGUUCCGAGAGCUGCGCGACGACCACUUCCACCUGGACCCGGCCGACUACCUCUUAUCCCUGACGGCCAAGUACAUCUUGUCCGAGAUUGGCUCGCCGGGCAAGUCGGGCUCGUUUUUCUACUACUCGCGCGACUACCGUUUCAUCAUCAAGACGAUCUCGCACCGGGAGCACAACUUCCUGCGGUCCAUUCUCAAGGACUAUCACGAGCACGUGCGUGCCAACCCGCACACGCUGCUUUCGCGCUUUUAUGGCCUGCACCGUGUCAAGAUGCCGCGCGGCCGCAAGAUCCACUUUGUGAUCAUGAACAACUUGUUCCCGCCACACCGCGACGUCCACGAGACGUACGACCUCAAAGGUUCUGCGUUUGGCCGCGAAUACCCCGAGACAGAGGCUAAGAACAAUCCGCGCGCCGUGCUCAAAGACAUCAACUGGGUCAACAGGGGCCGCAUGUUCGAGUUUGGGCCCGAGAAGCGUGCACUGUUCACCGAGCAGCUGCGCCGCGAUAUGGAGUUCCUCAGACGCAUCAACGUCAUGGACUACUCGCUUCUUGUCGGCAUCCACAAUAUGGAGCGUGGCAACCGAGACAACCUGCGUCUUACCAAGCUGCGGGUGUUCAACCCUGCCACGUCCAAAUCUGGCGUCGUGAACCGCAAGCCCAGUGCGGUCAAAAGCAACGCCGAGGCCCACAAUGUGCGCCGCGCUGUCACGCGGUCCGACCCGAAGAGCAUGCUCGACGCCAGCGUGAACAUGCGGCUUCCGGAGGAAGGUGCACCCGACCGCCGCCACUUCAUCUUCUACCAGGACGAGGGCGGCAUGCAGGCGACCGACGAACAGAACAUGCCCAUGGACAUUAUAUACUACCUGGGCAUCAUUGACAUCUGUACGCCGUACACCAUGGGUAAGCGCGUCGAGCACGCGUGGAAGAGUGUCACCGAGAACCCCGUCACCAUCUCGUGUGUCCAGCCCGAUUUUUACGGGCAUCGCUUCUACGACUUCCUCCUGAGCGUCAUGCGCGGCGGCGACGUCAAGUUACGCCCGCAGGGCCUCGAGCCGCCAUCCGCGUGCACAGAGUCGGUCGUCGGGGCGAUGAACCCACCCGCGUGUGCGCCAGCGUCGUUCGGGCGCGAUCCGACCGUCAUCGCACAGCGCCACGACAGCGAAGCGUACGAGAUUGCCCUCCAGACCUCGCCGACUAUUCCCAUUGGCCGGCUUGAAUACGAUAUCCACCAAGACAGCAAUGCCACGAUUGAGGAGACGGCGCUGUCCGAGAACGAGACGAUGCUCCCCAGUCCCAUCACAUCACCGCCAGCGCCGAUGGCCGGCUACAGUGUGGCAGUCGAGAAGGCCGCUGCUGCCGACGAUGAGCGCCACAACUACCUCGACAUGAACGGUCACGGGCCGCCCGCCAUGGUCGGCCACCUGAAGGCUGAGUAG